AUGCGGAAGUGGACGAAGAAGCUGGGCCACACCCUCUCCCGCAUCGUCACCUCCAAGCCGCGCUUCGCCUUCUCCCGGCCCAGGCCCAGGCCCACCCCUCCCGUCGGUCCGCCUCCCCCUCCGCCGCCCGUCUCGAUCCCGCCGCAGCCGCCGGAGGAGGAACUUCCCCUUCCCCCCUUCGCCCCCGCCACCACCAUGCCGCACCACGGGCCCGUGUUCCCGCGCGCCACGUCCACGGUGGUGCCCGACCCGUCCCGCUUCUUCGCGCCGCCGCUCCUCGCCGCGCCGCUCCCCACCAACUCCUUCUUCCAGAACUUCGUGCUCAAGAACGGGGACCAGCCGGAGUACAUCCACCCCUACUCCGUCCGCUCCCCCGGCGGCGCCGCCCUCGACGUCUGCUACCCGUCGCGGAACCACUCGCCGUCCUUCGUCAUCCAGACGUUCGUCGCCGACCUCACCGUCUCCGACGCCGCCGGGAGCACGGUGCAGCGCCACUCCGUCUCGGCCUUCGACGACCUCUCCGUCACGCUCGACGUCUCCCCGUCCCUCCGCGCGCACCUCGUCCGCGGAUGCCCCUACGUCACCGUCACCACCACGGCGGGGCCCGUGGACGUCUCCGUCGCGUCCGUCCACGCCUUCCUCGACCGGCCAGACGUUCCUCCUCUACGCGUCCGCCUCGCGCAGGCCACCACCUCGCAGCUCUCAGCGCCCGCCUUCGCCGGCGCCAUCCGGGUCGCCUACCUCCCCGACGCGUCCAUGGAGCCCGUCCUCGACCGCUACAGCCGCUGCUUCCCCACCGCCGGCCACGCCGCGCUCAACCGCCCCUUCUGCGUCGACUACGCCUGGCGCAAGGACGGGCCCGGGGAGCUGCUCAUGCUCGCGCACCCGCUCCACCUCCGCCUGCUCGCCGAAGACGACUGCGCCGUGCGGGUGCUCGACGACUGCCGCUACCGGAGCAUCGACGGCGAUAUGGUCGGCGUGGUCGGCGACGCCUGGGUUCUGCGCACCGACCCGGUGUCCCCGACAUGGCACUCCACCCGCGGCGUCAGCGAGGACGGCGUCGCCGAGGUCGUGGCCGCGCUCCGCGCCGACGUGGCCGGCCUCGCGUCCACCGCGGUCACCACCACCUCGUCCUACUUCUACGGGAAGGCCAUCGCGCGCGCGGCGCGGCUGGCGCUGAUCGCGGAGGAGGUCGGGUGCCCCGACGUGAUCCCCGCGGUGCAGCAGUACCUCAAGGCCGCCGUCACGCCGUGGCUGGACGGCAGCUUCCAGGGGGACGGCUUCUUCUACGACGCCAAAUGGGGCGGGCUGGUGACGCUGCAGGGGCUCAAGGACUCCGGCGCCGACUUCGGGUUCGGCAUCUACAACGACCACCACUACCACCUGGGCUACUUCCUCUACGCCAUCGCGGUGCUGGCCAAGAUCGACCCGUGCUGGGGCCGUAAGUACAUGCCGCAGGCCUACUCCAUGGUGGCCGACUUCAUGACGCUGUCGCGGAACAAGGCCGGCGCCAGCUUUACCCGGCUGCGGAUGUUCGACCUCUGGAAGCUGCACUCGUGGGCGGGGCUGACGGAGUUCGCCGACGGGCGCAACCAGGAGAGCACCAGCGAGGCCGUCAACGCCUACUACUCGGCGGCGCUGGUGGGGCUCAGCUACGGGGACGCGCACCUCGUGUCCGUGGGCGCCACGCUGACGGCGCUGGAGAUGCUGGCGGCGCAGACGUGGUGGCACGUCCGGGAAGGGGAGGGCAUCUACGAGGACGACUUCAGCGGGAACAACCGCGUCGUCGGGGUGCUGUGGGCGAACAAGCGCGACAGCGGGCUGUGGUUCGCGCCGCCCGAGUGGAAGGAGUGCCGCCUCGGGAUCCAGCUGCUGCCCGUGCUGCCCAUCAGCGAGGCGCUGUUCCCGGACGUGGCGUUCGUCAAGGACCUGGUGGCGUGGACGCUCCCGGCGCUGGCGAGGGACGGCGUCGGCGAAGGCUGGAAGGGCUUCGUGUACGCGCUGGAGGGGAUCUACGACAAGGAGGCGGCGCUGACCAAGACCCGCGCACUCAAUGGCCAUGAUGAUGGCAACUCGCUGACCAACCUGCUGUGGUGGCUCCACAGCCGCGGCAACGUCGUCGGGGACGGGGACGCCGGGUUCAGCCGCUGCUGCUGGUACCGCCAGUACUGCCACUGA